UUUUGAAAAUAGCAUAGGAUUUAGUAAUAGAUCAUUAGAACUGAUAGCAGGUUCAUACCCGAAUCUGAAGUAUCUCAAUUUAUAUGAUAAUCAAUCGGGUAACUAUGUAAGCUUUCGUGUUCGAGAAGUAGGUGAUGGAGGUUUAUGGAAAAUUGCACGGUCAUGCCAUAAUUUAGAAUAUCUAAACAUUUCAUACCGCACAGAGAUUCUUGAACCAUCGAUUUGUAAUAUUAUUCAUUCCUGUCCAAAGCUCCAGCAUUUUAGCCUUAGAUUUUGUGAAAUUAGUGAUAUGACUAUCAAAGAAAUUGCUUGUUCAUGUCUUAAUUUAAAAUAUCUCGAUCUGAAAGGAUGUGAAAAUAUUAGCAAAGAAGCCAUAGAUCGGCUGGUUUCAGCACUUACUCCAAAUAUCCAUGUCGAGAAUUUUGUGGGCACUAUAACAACUCCUGAUCUGAUUGGAUUGGUUAUAAAUCAUCUUACACAGAACAACGUUGCUAGUAGACAGACUUUAGCUCAGAGCCUUUUAGAUCUAAGUAUGCGAGAUAAUCAGAAUUUGACCAUGGGCAAUAUAGCACAAGUUGAUCAAUCCGAUAUAGAGAAGUUCCGAUGUGAGAUAGAAAAGGUAGAUAAAGUAGCAUUUCCAUUACAAUUUGAUAGCUCUGUAAGCGAAUACAUUAAAAUGAUAAAGUUACAUGCUAUUGGUAUUGGCAGGGAUUUAGAUGAUAUAGUCGUAAAAGUGAAAUUCAUUAGCGGAUUAUCACCUGACAAUGAAAAGCGUGUGCAUGAGUUUGGGAAAAUGGCAGGAAAUUCUAUCUGGUGCUUUCUCCAAGGAGUAGACGAGAGCUUUCCUGUUAACGUUAAAGGGAUAGAAACGAUUAAAGAUCUUAGGGAUUUAGUCUUAUGCCAGCAAAAGAAGUUUAUUCGUAAUAUCAAUGUUGACAAAUAUAAUAUUUUCCAAAUAUUCAUUCCAAUUGAUGAUAUCGCAGAAUUUGGGAAACUAAGACAAAAUCCGACUGAGAUAGAGCGUGUGAAAUUGGAGGAUUCCCAAGAAGUAUCCGCAAUUUUUGAAACAAAUGAUACCCAUAUUCAAGCUUUCAUAGGUAAGGUAACUCCACCUACCUUGAAAGAAGUGCUGGAAAAAACAGUAUCCACUCUGAUUAUUCAAAAGUUGGAAGAACUGGUAAAACAGAAUCAGGAAUUGAUAAAACUAAUUAGUGCUCGAAGAACUAAAUCAGUUCAACAAGGAAAAGAACUGGAUGAGAUAUGUAAGACAAGAGUAUUAAGAGUUGGUGAUGCAUUGCGUUUUGAGAAAAGAUACGAAACGCUAGCGGACAUAGAAAUACGGCGUAGCUUUACGAUCGCCAGUAUAAACAACGAGACCUAUAUCCCCACAGUAAAUAAUAGCGAUCAGGGAGCAAAUAUUCAGUUGAUAGUUAAUAGUUUAAGUCUGCUUGAAAAAGAAAUUAUAAAUAUUGACGUCAGGCAAGAGAUUACCGAUCGAAUUACUGGAGGAAAUAGAAAUAAUUUUAUCAAUGAUCUCCAAGUUUAUAAUCGCAGAACUGAUAUUGGCAGAUAUAAUAAAAUUUAUCAGCUUGUCAACAAUCCCAAUUUAACGGAUACGGAGCUCAUAGAUGGAAUUUUGGAAAUACAACUUGCUAAGACGUACCCGGAAAGGAAUUUUUAUUUCAACAUUCUUAAUGUCGAAAUGAAAGUUAGCGAAUAUAUUAAUAGUUGUUUAGUCGUGGGUGAAAACCCUUAUGAAAAUGCUUUUCAGGUUGUUAUCGACACCACUCAAAUAAAGACCGUGGCGUUGCUCAAGGACGCUAUCAAGGAAAAAAUUGACGAUAACGUUAAGGCAAAAGACCUCAAGCUAUGGAGGGUCGACAUUUCCCUCGAAGAAGAAAACGAAAAACUUAAGCUCGUCAAUGAAAAAAUUAACGUUAGUAUCAAGGACGAACUUGAAGGUGUAGAGUUGAAACCGCUUUCGAAGAUUAGCAAACACUUUCCUUCCCAGCCAGCCGACGAGCACAUACAUAUCAUCGUACAACGUCCUGUUGAAACGAAAGAAGUUCACUGCACCGCAACGUAUGGGCGUGAGUCAGAGAAAUUCUUGUGGGCUGUAACUCGUGGGCAAAUAACCUUGUCAGCUUUGAAGACGAGGCUUCGAACUUGUUUUGCUUUCCCGGAUGGAACUGAAGACGAGCAUAUUGUCAUAAUUCGUGAGAAUGGAAAGGAGCAUGUUCGUUUGGUCGAUGAUGAGGAUUUGGCAUGUAUAAUCUGGACUCAAGGAUUCAAGGUGGACCUCCCAAUUAUCGUGGACACAUCACAACAACCAUUCUCGUCGUGGACGUUUCCUAAAAUCAAGUCAUUGUUCGGGUUAACAGCUGAUAGUUAUAUUGAUCUUCCUAGGUUCGAUGGAGGCUCCGCUGAUGCCUCCGAUUACAAAAAGGUAUUGGAGCACGUUUUGGAAGAUAUAGCUAUGAAGCAUAAGACCUGCAUUCACGUAACUAGUGCAAACGAAGCAACAAGACGCGAAUUUAUUUCUUCCGUUCUUCACGGCGUUGCCUCUUGUUAUGAUGGUGAUGUGAAAGUAUGUCCAGAAUAUGAGUUAUCUGGAAGCCAUGGUAAAGGGCCAGUGGAUUGGGUUAUCAAGAUUGGAGAUACGAUUAUUGUCGUUACCGAGGCUAAAAGGGAGGAUAUUAACCAGGGUGUUGGCCAGAAUGCAAUUCAGUUACAAGCUUCUUCUCAACGUAAUAAAAAGAAACGCACAUACAAUGAGGCUUUACGUGAAGAUGUAAUGUAUGGUAUCGUUUCGACAGGGGUCGACUGGGUCAUAAUUAAGUUAGUCACUACUGGCGAAUGUAAUGACAAUGAUAAUGGGAAUGUUGAG